AUGCCGUUUUCACACCACAGCCAUUCGGGCCAAUUCUGCCCCGGCCACGCCAAAGACUCCCUGGAGGAGGUCAUCCAGACGGCCAUCCGCAAGAAGAUGCACGUCUUCUGCCUCACCGAGCACAUGCCCCGCGGCGAAGAGGACUUUUACCCGGAAGAGAUCGAAGCCGGUGAAACCGAAGCCUGGCACGCUGCCAACGAAGCCGCCUACUGGGCCGAAGCCGUCCGCCUGCGCACCAAAUACGCCUCCCAGAUCUCCAUCGUCAUCGGCUUCGAAUGCGACUGGAUCCGCCCGUCCAGCCUGGCCCUUAUCACGGCCUCGCUCUCUCGCUUCCCAUUUGAAUUCUUCAUCGGCUCCGUGCACCACAUGCACACCGUGCCGAUUGACUACGACCGACCCAUGUACGAGCGCGCGCGCGAGAUCGCCGGCGGCUCGGACGAGCGUCUGUUCGAGGACUACUAUGAUGCGCAGCUGGAUAUGCUCCAGGCGCUGCGGCCGCUGGUGGUGGGGCACUUUGAUCUGAUCCGGUUGAAGAGCGAUGAUCCGGAGCGUGGGUUGAGGGCUUGGGGUGGGGUGUGGGAGAGGGUGCAGAGGAAUUUGGAUUUCGUGGUGAGCUAUGGGGGCUUGUUGGAGGUGAACGGGGCCGCAUUGAGGAAGGGGAUGAGUGAGCCUUAUCCCUCGGCGGAGAUUUGCAAGGAGUUUGUGGCGCGUGGGGGUCGCUUGUGUCUUUCGGAUGAUAGCCAUGGCGUUGACCAGGUGAGUUUGAACUUUGGCCGUGUCCGGGAGUUUCUGGAUCAGGUGGGCGUGGAGACGCUGUAUUAUCUGCGGUUGGUUGGGGAGGGAGAUGACUCUCCGGCGCCGGAUGCGCGGUUUCCGCGUACGCGCAUUGCGGCUAUCUCGGUGGAGGAGGUGAAGAAGAUGGCCUUUUGGGAAGCGUGA